CACCUCGCUUGGACAGCGUCCUACUUGUUGAUAUCCGUUCAUUUUAGUUGUUUCUCACGAAGCACCAGUCACUCCUUUUGACGAACGGGUCACCACAUUCUUUACAUCCCAAGUUGGAGAAAAAAAACAUCAACCUCGUCUCUUCCCUCUCAAAAAUCCACUCCCUGAGUAUUCGGACCUGACUCUGAAUUCAUCCUGGGUAUUGGCGUUUCGCGACACGGGAAAUCCAAUCCACAAACUCUCCCUUAGAUUACGACUUGACGACAUCGUAACGAACGACUCCGAAUAGAGAGACUAGAAAUAGACUUUCACAAUGCAUUUCGCACCUCUCCUUGUUCUGGCCGCCGUUGGCGCGUCAGCUCACCCUUCGGGCCAUGCCCACCUUCACCGUCGCGCUCACGAGAGGCGCAACCCUGAGCCCAAGCCCGAUCCCGCCGUUGGAGAUAUGGUUACUGCCACCAUCAUGGGCAAGGUCGUCAGCUGGACCAACACCUACGACGGAUCACCUUUCAUCAAGCACGACCAGCCAGCAGACGUCAAGGGCGCUGCUGUGGAGCCGGCUCCUGUCCCAACAGCAACCCCCAGCGCCAGCCCGCCCCCGCCCCCCGCCUCGCCUGCUUCGCCGCCCGCGCAGAACAGCCCCCCGCCAAGCAGCUCUGGAUCUGGAUCCGGCACUGGUGUCACCAGUUACACGCCAUUCUGCAACGGUCAGCCUACCGUUUCCAAGCGUGCCACCGUCGCAAACAUUGCCUAUGUUGGUAACACGGGUACCGCUUCCAACUGGGGCUGCAACAUUCUGCUUGUUGCCUACGCCCAGACUGCCGACCAGUACAAGUACACCAUGAAGAUUACCAACCAGUCGAAGGACAAGCAGAUCUGCACGUGCUUCAACAAGAUUGGCCCCACUGGUCUCAUCGACGGCUUCUUCCACCAGGGUCCUACUUGGACAAUGGAGGGACAGGGCACCCAGUACGUCGCUUUCGACGACAACUCGCAGGGAGGCUGUGUUUGCAACGCCGGUGACACCCUGCGCAAGACCCCAAUGGGCCAGUUCGCUGGUACCUGGAUCGAGAGCGACUUUGGCUCUUCCAUCAACAAGGGUUGGUCGGGCGCCGACAUCUCAGCCAUCGUCCCCGAUAACUACAAGAUGCAGGUUGACGGCGCCAAGGUUUGCUUCGCCGGCACUUGCUCGACCGUCUGGCCCGGCGGCAAGCACGACAAUGCUUACGUUGGUGGCUUGGAGGAUGCUGACGGCAUUGGCUUGAACAUCCCUCCGGGCAAGUGCCAGCUGGACGUCCAGGUUGCCUUCAGCGGUUAAGCCUAAGUUUCGUUUCCUGUCUGGUGUUUGGCAAUCUUAGCAAUAUUCUACAACCCCGAUGAACUAUCCCGUCCUGAAUUCGGGAGAUGUCUGAUAGGCGAUCUUUUUUACUUUGUCUUCUAUACUUUCGUUAAAACGUCUGGCGACAGCGAUCGUCUAGGCUAUUUUUGCAUUGAGCUUUGUGGUCUGGAAAAAAUAUCUUUGGCCAUUAUUUAUUCAGUUCAGGUUUAGCAGUCUAAUGUUUUUUUGAGUUUCAGUCUAUAUCUUGCAGUCUAUAUCUUGAGAUAUCCUCGUGCUACAGCAUUGCUCGUGAUUAUGUCUGUACUCUGGUGAUGAUCUCCA